GGUCACUGUUUUCACUUUCCCUGACACCACACAUCCAUCCUCAGGUUCCAGAACCCCUCUAGUGCUGGAUUCCAGCAACUAACCACUGGGCAAGACUGCUUCGGGGCCAGACUGCCCCAAUGCCUUGCCUGCUGCUAGGGCCUAGCCUGAACUGUGGAUAAGCAGGAUGCUAGGGUGUUGACUGCCCCACUUUACCUAGACAAGAUAAAGUCAAUCCCUCCCAUAUUCCUCCUACACAGGAAUGUCUCUGAUGCUGAUACCUCUGCCCCCAUCACCAUGGAAACCACAGGAGCCUAGAAUGGCUGUCUACAUAAUGAACUAUGGACCAGCCUUGAUCAUUUCAGUUGACACAUAGCCCAUUUAGAUUAUAAUUUGUCCUUCUGAAGUCUCUGACCACAUUGAUACUAAGCUAUCUAUAGUUUUGUCACUUAGACAACAGCAAUCAUCUUCUUCCCCCAAGCCACCUUGUUAGUCCAUUAGUUAGUUCUUUAGUUAAAUAAAGCUGCCGUGUACCUUGUUAAGGAAAGGAAACCAAGUUUACAUUGUUAACAGGCUUCAUGUUAAAAGAUAAACAGGUUUAUAACCUUUUACUAAAAGAACAUAAUUUACGUUUUUUUCGCCAAGAUGGCGCCGAAAGCGAAGAAGGAAGCUCCUGCCCCUCCCAAAGCCGAAGCCAAAGCGAAGGCCUUGAAAGCUAAGAAGGCGGUGCUGAAAUGCAUCCACAGCCACAAAAAGAAGAUCCGAACGUCACCCACCUUCCAGCGGCCCAAGACCCUGCAGCUCUGGAGGCAGCCAAAAUAUCCUCGGAAGAGUGCGCCCAGGAGAAACAAGCUUGACCACUAUGCUAUCAUCAAGUUCCCACUGACCACUGAGUCAGCCAUGAAGAAAAUAGAGGACAACAACACUCUUGUGUUCAUUGUGGAUGUCAAGGCCAACAAGCAUCAGAUCAAACAGGCUGUCAAGAAACUCUAUGACAUUGAUGUGGCCAAAGUCUAUACCCUGAUAAGGCCCAACAGAGAGAAGAAGGCGUAUGUUCGCUUGGCUCCUGAUUAUGAUGCCCUAGAUGUUGCCAACAAGAUUGGGAUCAUCUAAACUGAGUCCAGAUGGCUAAUUCUAAAUAUAUACUUUUU